AGAGAGAGAGAGAGAGAAGGAGGUAGAAAGAGGGAGGAACAUGCAAUAGGUUUUGUUUAUCUUGGUGAGUCGUUUCCAGGGCUGUUCAAAGUUAAAACAAACUGCUGUGCAGAGGAACACGUCCAGUGCCUGAGCGUUUUAGUGCGAGCAGCUGCAGGAUGGUUCUCACACUGCUAAUGGCUAUGCUGCUACACACAGCACCCUGCCAUGCUGGGCUGAGGGCCAGAGACCCUGAUGUGGAAGAGGAGAUGCAGGCACUCAGGGACUCAGAGCUUGGCGCUAUGGGCACAGCUCACUUCCCCAUACCUCAUGGGCACAGGCACCACAGCACAGCUGGACCACUGCAGCCGCCCCUGGGUAUUCCAGAAACACCACUGAGAGAGAGUUCACACCAGCCUGUAAGGACAGGAAACUGGUGUGCAUUUGUUCAUCAGCGUGUGGUGACCAUGGCUGUGCUGUGUGGCACUGAGACAUACACGCAAAAGUCAGUGAAUCCUUGUUCUAAAGGUGACCCUGAUUGCCAUAUAUCCAAGUAUCAGCUCUCCUCACGGCCUGUGUACAGACAGAAGCAGAAGAUUUUCACUGCACUGCACUGGAAGUGCUGCCCAGGUCACGGAGGCCACAACUGUCAGGAGAGAGGGCGUGAAAGCCAGGCUGGUCAGGAACACACAGGAAGAACUCACACAGACAUUUCUGGAGUUGACAAUUCAGGUGAUAAGGAGACUGACCUGCUCGAGGAUGGAAGCUGGGAUGACAGUAAGGUUCAGCAGCCUCCCAGUGGCCCAAUGUUUCCUGUCCAAGGGGACAUUGGUACUGGUGGGGCAGUCCCUCCUCCUACCGCUCUGCAUUUCAUGGACUCUGCCACUCUCUUGAUGGCCCAUCAAAUAUUUGCAGCUCUGAUGACCCAGAUUCAACCAGUGCUGGAUGAUUUUAAUCGUACCCUAAAGCAUCUGUCCAGUGAGGUUGAAGACCUGUCUAUGGAUCUGCAGAUGUUGAGGCAUGGACAGGAGGGCCACAUGUCUAACAGUAAACAAACUUACACUGGAACAAUUGAGGAAAAGCUAGAGGACAGUUUUAUGCAGAUACGCCAAAUACAGGCACAGCUGGAUUCACAACAAAACCAGAUGGAACAAACAGUACAGUCCCAACAAAAGUUGCUGCAGUAUAAUUUGACAAGCAUAAAGGAAGAAAUUGGCCAUCAUAUUAACAAGAGCCAUGAGGACAUACAGGUGAGUCUCCAGUCUCUGAGUCAAUCAGUGGAGGAAAUUAGAAUUGGUCAGGAAAAUCUGGAGGGCCUAACGCAGGAAGAAUAUGCACCCUCAGCCCGUCUAAGCGAAGGCCAGCGAGUCCCGGAGCCUGGUGUGUGGGAGGCCAUCAGUAGACUGGACAAGAAAGUGCUGAAUAACACUAUGCAGCUCAGUGACUUGUCUGAGAACUCCAAACACUUGAAGAGUGCUGCCCAGAAGCUGGAUCACUGCCUAAAAAACCUGAGCACAAAACUGGAACAGGUCAGCCAAAGCUCAGUGAUCCACUUUACAGAGACUGGGCUAGAACUGGAGGCAGCUAAAGUGGCUGCCCUCAACAGUGUCAACGAAUUGUCUUCUAAUCUCAGCAGCCAAGAGAGGCAAUUGAGAGAGCUUGAACUUUACCUGGACAAUAUUUAUGAGCAAGUCCAAAGAAAUGAACCCACCACAACAGCAGAAGCUUGUAGCUGUAAAGAAAUCAGUGAGUCAUUGAGUUUGUUGGAAUUAAAGUUGGCUAAUGUGACGGAUUUGGCCAAAAAGAACCAGUAUGCUCUGGAGGAUGCUGAGGCAAUGAGAGGCCAAAGUCACUGGUCCAUGGAAGUUGAUGAUCUUCAUCAAGCCUUAUUAAGUGUGAGGGAAUCACUGGCAUUUGAGCAAGCGAAAAGCAGGACUCUCAGUGGCAAUGUAUCCCAGUUGAAAGCCUCACUCCUGGGAAGCCAACAAGAGAUUCUUGGGCUGAAGGAGAGUUUCGGGGCCAAGGCAGCAGAAAUCGGGCAUCUCUCUGCAUCCUUCUCCUCCCUAUUAAGGGAUACCAUCCGUCACGCUGAAGUUCUGGAGGUGCUUUUAGGAGAUGAGGUCAUGGAAUUCUCAAGCUGGUCUGACACCCAGCAGAAGGAACUGUCCAUUCCAGUUUUGCUACAGAAAACAAGGCUGAUGCAAGAAAAAAUAGAGACCCAUGACAAUAGAUUGACCUCUUUGAGAAGGAGCAGUGCAGAGAAGGAUCAAAUGACCAGUGAUGACCCUGUAGCAUUCUCUGAGUGGGGCCUCACAGAGGACAAAGAAAGGGAUGCUGAAGAUCACCAGGUAGAUCCCUUUGUACCAGGCCUGUCCACAGGGGAAGAUGAUGGGGACUACUCGGUCAGUGACUUCUGGAGCCUGGGGAAGGAAGUGGAGGAGCUGGCAGACAGGAUAAGCCAGCUGGAGCAGCAACAAUGCAACUGCACUGCAGUGCCUGGUGGCUCAGUGAUGGAACUGCAGGGAGAGGUUGUAUCCCUGCGUCAGGCUCUGGGGGAUCAUCUAAGAAUAUUCCAGAAUUUGUUUAGUUAUACAGAACAGCUGGCGAGCUCCUCUCGCAGUCUGGACUUAGACCAGGUGUGGAGCAUGAUUAGGAGGAAGGACAGGAAGAGAAAUAAGGGACAGAACAUGAAGGAGAAAGAAGAGUCAAGCAGCAUGCGGAGUAAAAGAAACACUAAAACAGGGACCUUAUAUCCCCCCGUGGCCUUUGUCACUAGCUUGCAACACAGGACAAAUACGGGAGGGAUGCUUAUCCCCAAGAAGGUGGAUGUAAACCAUGGCAAUGCUUAUCAGCCGUCAUCAGGGGAAUUCUAUGCACCUCAGACUGGUCUCUACCUCUUUCUAGUGACAUUAAACUUUGAAAAGGGGCCCUGCCUGGCACAGCUAAAGCAUGGCAUGGUGCCUGUGGCCUCCAUCAGACAGGUACAGGUGGAGGGAGGGCCUUUGAGUCGAGCAUGCCUCCUGGAGCUUCAGAGAGGGGAGAGAAUUACACUGGAGCUACUCAAGGGAAGACUGCGCCAAGGACAGCUUAAUGAUAACACCUUAUCUGGGAUUCUGCUGUUCAACACAGAGGAAAAGGACAGAUUGUGAACAGGAAUAGGUUUGAGACCGAAAUCUAGGCAGAAGUAACCCAGACUUACUGUGUACUGGGCUUUACUAAACCAUUUACCACUAGACUGUGCCAAAACUACCAAAGAUACCCAAGACCAAAGAGUUUCUGUGUUGGAGGCAGAUUUCUCAAUGAGUCAUCUGUGGCCCUGUGGCCAUUUGUAGAUCUAAAAAAAACAACCAUGCAGGUCCAUUCGUAAUGGACAGACCAUGUACAGCUAGAGCGAGGGGCUGUGAUGCAAGUCAGCACCACUGACAUCAUUCACACAUGUCACACAUUCACAUUUGUCGAGGUUGCUCACCAAUCUCUGGACAAAAGUAACCCUAGAAAAGGAUGUAAAUUGUAUAUCAUGGAAUAAUUCCUUGAUUGAAACUUAAUUGCAAUCUCUCAGGUAAAGGGUGAACAGGGAUGCCGUCAACCAUGAAUCAGAACUUUAUAACCCACACUUGGAAAUGAUAUAAUGCUGAAAGACAGGAAGCACUGAUUGGUUAUAAAUGAUCAAAAACUAGUGGAUAUAUGUUAGAAUAUAAGUGUUGAAACUCAUCACUAACUGUUUUCACCAGUCACAACACAGGAAAAUCAACCCUCAAUACAAUAGCCUACAAUAGCAUUGGCUCCCAUUUACGUUACUAAUUCACUCUAUCCUUUCUUGAUUACAUCACAUGAUCAGUCAAGAGAACAACACAAGUUGCAUACUAAAAUAAUGUAAUUUACUUAAAAAUUGAUACAUUGGACAAAUUCUGUAUACAGAACAGCUUUUCUUGGUAAACAUAAGGCACCUUUCUUAAACUCAGAUGCUGUACAGAAUAUAAACAAAAUUAUUUUUCAGGCUUUUCUACACAUUUCUUUUGCACAUUGGACAUGUAAGACAAACAUGACAGAUUCUGUAGUUAUUUAAUUAUACAGAGAAGCUUCUACUGGCUACAAGACAUUUUCAUUAAAAAGGGGUGACCGGCAUGGGAUGCAACGGACAGACCUUGAGUGUGCAAAUGCUGCAUACUAGCAUCUACACAUAAGAUUGCAUGGGCAGCCUGGUUGGGAAAAUGCAGACAUUUAAACAGUGUCAUGAUGCUGAAUUCUCAUGCACUACCUUUCCCAGAAUCACUAGAGCGACCUCAGAUACACAAUGUUGUCACUUAACCUUUUUACCAUAGCACCUUUCUGGCAAAAGGUUUAAGUGAAAUGGGUUAUCUUGGAGAGAAUAACUGAAAUUGUCUUGAAUCAAGGGACUGCUGAUAUUCAGUCAUUUUGACUAACUAGGCAUACUGCACAAUACAUGAGCACAAUACCAUUUCAUUUUUAUUCGUCUGACAUCGAUAUACACUAUAUUUCUUGCAACUGCUAAUGCUGUAAAUAACAACUUUGUUAUUUUGUUAGUGUUCAUAUUAGGCUCAAGUACACCCAACUAUCUGCAGGGACAAGCUUUGCUCAAGUUUAUUUAGGUCAGAUGAAAUCAUAUAUAUUUCUCCAAUAUUUCCUUCUAGAGAAGUUCUUGUAUUUAGAGUGGGAAUGAGGUUUUAACUGCUUUUAACUUAAGAGUAAAAAAAAGCAAAAUAGUCCUCUUAAAUCAGAGUACAUUUUUCUAGUGUUGAGCUGUUCUGUAACAAUUUAGAGUAUAUAUAAGUUUGAAGAACAGUAUUCUUAGUUCUACAAGUUCUUUUUCUCGCCACAAUAAUUCAUUUAAUACAACAUGGUUAGAAUAAAUAGCACAUGCAAUUGUAUUCUUCUAUCCCAUUAUAUAUGUAGGAGAUUCCCUUGCAAAGUAAACUUUAGUCACAUUUCCCAAAACUCUCAUGUUAAUUAGAUUUGGCAGGAUGAUCCUAUGUGACAUUUAGUAGUGUGAUUUACUGGCAUGUGGCAUAGAGGGUCUGUGAUAAAAUGAGAAGAGGCUAAAUGGCACAGGGGGCGUGGUAUUUUGACUGUUUCUACACCACAUGAAACCAAACUGGCUCUACUGCUCAUACAGAGCACAUGACUGACCACCAUAAGAAGUUUUAAUCACUUCAG